AUGAAUCACGCUGCAGUCAGAGCAGUCAGCUUGCAUAGCCUCAACCGCCAGAGAGCCAAUAUAGUUCUGUCCAACCUGCUGGUGGAUAACAAGGUGAUGACACCCGAGGAGGUAUCGUCUCAAGAACGCAUUUUCGAAUGGGAUGGCGCCCUGCGAUGGCGAGGCUCAUCACCCUUCGCCAAAGCUACCAUAGGUGUCAAUUUGCUCAGCCUGCUGAAGACUUUGGCGCCUGCGCACACUGUGACGGGCGCUAUACGCGACGGCGAUCUUAUCUUAGAGAGAUUGGUCAGAAUUUACAGCCAUGAGGAUUUUCUAGUAUGGUAUGAUUCGCCCAAGAGGUCAGUAUAUAUUGUUCUCAAAGGUCAAGCUUCGGCCAAAGCACAACUGAAAGCUUGGGCACUAGCACUUUGGGGUGCUCACCGCUUUGGAAAGCAAUAUGCGACAGGCGCAAAUACAGAAAAUUUACUUCAGCUGCUCGAAGUGACAUUGAGGGACAUUUCUAACCGAUGGGAUGAUUCCAUCGAGCGAAUUAGAGCCGCUGGAUGGGAUAUUGACAUUGCAAAUUUGGAGACUUCAUCCGGGUCGCGCAUACGUGUCACCACAGAAAGCCUGCAAACAAUGUCAAAAAAGAAAGAUUGA